UGUUCGGGUCAUGUCGCGGGUAACAUGGCGGAAGCGGACGGGGAGACCCUGGAGUCCUGGCUCAAUAAAGCCACGAAUCCUGCAAAUCGACAGGAGGAUUGGGAGUACAUCAUCGGCUUCUGUGACCAGGUCAAUAAGGAGCUAGAAGGACCACAGAUCGCUGUCCGUCUGCUGGCUCAUAAAAUCCAGUCUCCGCAGGAGUGGGAGGCAGUGCAAGCCCUUACCGUCUUAGAAGCUUCCAUGAAGAACUGUGGGCGGAGAUUUCACAAUGAAGUUGGGAAAUUUCGAUUCCUAAAUGAAUUAAUCAAAGUGGUAUCUCCGAAGUAUUUGGGAGACAGAGUAUCUGAAAAGGUGAAAACCAAAGUCAUUGAAUUGCUCUUCAGCUGGAUGGUCGCUCUCCCAGAGGAAACCAAAAUCAAAGAAGCUUAUCAAAUGUUAAAGAAACAAGGUAUUUUGCAACAUGAUCCUCAGAUCCCCAUUGAUAAAACGCUGAUUCCUUCACCCACAACUCGUCCCAAAAACACGGUGUUUGAAGACAAUGAAAAGUCUAAGCUGUUAGCCAGGCUACUGAAGAGCAGAAAACCCGAGGACCUACAAGAGGCCAAUAAACUGAUAAAGAACAUGGUGAAGGAGGAUGAAGCCCGAAUGCAGAAAAUAACAAAACGCUUGAACACUCUGGAGGAGGUGAACAAUAACGUGCGUCUUUUGAAUGAGAUGUUGGCCCAUUACAACAAGGAUGACUCGACGGAAGGGGACAAGGAGCUGAUGAUGGAGUUAUACGACCAAUGUGAGAAAAUGAGGCGGGCGUUGUUCAAAAUUGCAAGCGAGACAGAGGACAAUGACAACAGCUUAGGUGAAAUUUUACAAGCGAGUGAUGACCUUUCACGUACCAUAAACUCCUACAAGAAGAUCGUUCAAGGACAGGCCGUAAAUGGGGAGCUCAGUUUGCCUGAGCCUCCAAAGCCAUCGGUCAGUGGUGGAACCAGUGAUACAGGGACACUGAUCGACUUGGCUGGGUUAGACGUGCCCUCUGCAAAGGCCGAUCCCACUCCAGCCCCGAUAUUCCCCAUCAUUCCUCCUCCACCAAAUGUCUCGGCUGAUUCUGGGUCCCAACUGAUCAGCCUGUUAAACGUGAACAAGCAACCUCCCAGUACAACUGGUGCCGUCGGACUGCUGGAUGUGGAGCUGCUCUCACUGGGACUGAAUGAUCUUCCUUCGUCUAAUGGUGUGGACAAGGAGCCUGGUGAACCUCCGCUGACAAGUUUUCCGAUUGACAACACUGCCCUCAACCCCUUCAGCGUGCCCCUGGCUCCGGUUCGGACCGGCUCCUCCACAACUCCCGCCGUGCAGCCGGAACCCCACAUCUUUGAGCAGCCCCCUCCUCCCUCAUUCCCGGCUUCCCAGCUCCCCCACACCCCAGCCGCGCCUCUCUCAGUGAAAGCUGCCGCUGCUCCAUGUGCCCCUCGAGCCGGUCCCGCCACUGUGCUGCCUGCACCUCACUCGCUCCCCAUGUUUCCGGGAGACUCGGGGUCCUCCGUCCCAGCGACGUUCGGCAGCGGCCUCUUCAACCUGAACGCACUGGACCAGAAGCAGUGGGAGGAGCUCAGGGGUGCCUCCCGUGUGAUGGGCGUGGUGUCUGGGACAGUGGGGGGCAGUGGUCAGUGCACGCCCUCGGCAGCACCAGGCAGCCCCCUGUUCCGCUCGCUCUCCCCUCAGCCGCUCAGUCCUCUCCGAACUGGACCGUCAGAAGUGUCACUUGCCAACGUGUUAGUUCCUCUGGAGACCAUUAAACCGAGUAGUGUUCUCCCGUUGACUGCGUACGACAAGAAUGGCUUCAGGAUCCUGCUGCACUUUGCGAAGGACUGCCCCCCCGCCAGGCCCGACGUGCUGGUCGUCGUCAUUUCCAUGAUCAACACCUCGCCCCUGCCCAUCACCAGCAUCGUACUGCAGGCCGCUGUUCCCAAGACAAUGAAAGUGAAGUUACAGCCUCCGUCUGGGACCGAACUGGCUCCGUUCAAUCCCAUCCUGGCUCCGGCUGCCAUCACCCAAGUCAUGUUACUGGCAAACCCACUGAAGGAGAAGGUGCGGCUGAGGUACAAGCUGACUUUUGCAAUGGGACGGCAGAUCUGCUCGGAGCUUGCUGAAGUGGACCAGUUUCCCCCAGCUGAGAAGUGGGGAAGCCUCUGAUCUCCACAGCUCUCUGCCUUUGUUCCCAGCGACAGUGAAUUUGAAUACAUGGUCGUCACUGAAGCACUGUGUCAUCUGUUUUGUUUGAAGUUUCGGGAAGUGAAGGAGGAACACAUUUCAAGGUGUGGAAACAGGUUGAUGUCUUCCACAGGACUUGAGUCUUGUCGCUGCCUUUGUUAUUCUGUCACGUACUGGAGGCUACACUGUGUCCAUGUCCAAAGCUAUUUGACUUCAUUCCAUCCUCCGAAUACUCCCGGCACAAAUGGCAAAAGCACGCUGACCCAUCAUCCACUUAUUGAUCUGCUACACUCCACACCACAUUUGAUUCCUGGGUGUGGCUGAGUUCACUGAACACAACUGGGUCGCUGGCCUGAAUUCUCUGAAUGACCGAGAUCCCUGCUCGUGGAGGCCAUCCAUUACUCUGGCAAUUCCAAGAUCCUGAAGAUCAGGCUGUAGUGCCCCCGCAUUUAAACACUUUAUCAUUGCCGUGGGCAAGGUCCAGGAAAAUGACCAGCACCACAGGUCUGUAACGUGUUCGACAUACUCACCAGGUCAGGUAGCCUCUGUGGAGGGUGAAACAGUAAAAAGCAAAAUACUGCAGGCACUGAAAUAAAAACCUAGCGAAAGGUUCUUUCUCCAGAGACUGUUCAACCUGCUGAGUAUUUUGAGCAUUUUGUUUUUAUGAACUUUCAGACUGAUAACUAUUCAUCAGAACUGGGAAGUUUAACGUUACAGGUAUAAGCAAGCGUAGAGGUCAGGAGGAAAGGACAGGAGUAGGUCUGUGAUAGGGUGAGAAGAUUAAAUGACCAAAGAGAUAGUGGUGGGACAAUGAGAGACAACAGAUGAUUCUGGUGAAUCACUACCAAGUGGUGCUGUCCAUAAAAUGGUACUAUUUUGCAUAUAGAGUUGAGUCUCUUAAACAUCUCAUCAAAAGAUGAGCUGUCAUUCCUUAAAGUUACGUUGCCUCCACAUUUUGAACAAGCUCAGAGGGAGAGGAGUUAGUGAGACUGAAAAGGAGAACUAACAUCGGCAGUGCAAGGAAAGCAGAAACAGCAGCUCUGCUGUCACCUGCCCUGUGGCUCUGGGCUUGGGGAUAUGUUGUCAGUCACCCAAGGGCUGGGGUUGCCAGGGAUCAGGGCAGGAGACCUUAAACCUGCACCUCCUGUUCAGAUCCCUCAGACUGAGACUGUCCCUCUUCAGUCCAAGAUUAGAAACAUCCCUCUUGAACUCUUUCUUCCUGGUGACUCAGUAGCUUCACCCAAGUAUUGAUGAAUUGUCUUGGUUUUCUUUUCGUGCUGAUUCUAAAACUAUGAGCCACUUUAAAAUGAGCAUCAAUAAGGGAAGCUUUUAUUUAAUUCUGCCCUUGCUGCAUUGUGAGGGUUGGAUACAAGGGGGCGUGCUGCUUACAUGUUUUUUCCAAGAUGCCCAAGGUCCACCAGCCAGGCUCCAACCCCUGCAGACAGGACACUGUAAAACCACUGAACCCACAGGAUGGAUCUCUUCCCCUGGACCAUUGCACUGCUCAGCUCUUAGAUUGCACAAAGCAUUUAUGCUAAAGUUCCAUCUAUUUAAAUUAAGCUGGAAUAUUUUGUUCUAUUGCGAACUGGUUCAAGUCUUCCUCAUCCCCAAGCAUCUCUUCCCCUAAAUGCUUUGACGAUGUGUGACGUGUCAUGGUGCUUGGAGGUACAGGCACUCACCCCUCCCAGUGCUGUCACGUUGUUGCUGCUCUGUAUAAUGUAUUUAUUGUUCAAGAUUUCAUUCUUGAAAAUGUCCUUCUGCAUCCAGUGCAGUUUGUGUUUAACUCAAAUUUAAAGUGUUAUUUUUAAAUUCUAAGCUGUUGUCAUUUGCAUGAUAAAUUUAUCUUUAUAUCUUCCUGA